AUGAACUCUGGAGAUACAUCACCAAACCCAGCAGCAACAGGAGACAAGAGAAAGAAUCUGGAGGCAGCCACCUUCACUUCGGAGCAUGACCACGACUACUCAUCAUCUUCGCCUCAGGAGGAGCUCACCGUGUCCCACAUUGUAAUCCGUUCGGACUUUGCCAAUGCCUCAGCCGAGGAGACCUCAAGAAUCAUUUUGGAACGUUUCAACAGCAACGUGGACAAGAGUGCCUUCACUGACAAUCCACUUCUUGGUAGAGGUCUUUCACGUGUCGAUGUUAGCCAGUAUGUCCUUGGACACCGUAACCAAGUUGCAGAAUUGUUUGACCCAAGAGGCAAAAGAUUCUCUACUGUCUACACUCCAGACCCAACAGUGACUAUUAAGUACAUUGGACCAGUCAACAAGACUGACCACUACUUUGGUGCCUAUGGAAAGCAUGUUAUCAACGUCCCAGCUGGUCACUACGCCAAGGGUUUCUCCAAGAACAGACCAGUUCUCUAUGGUGAGGGUCCACACGUCAUCAUCGACCCAACGUUCGAGUUUGAUGAGCGCACUGGUUUUGUGAGCCAGAACGAGCCAUACAUUGAGCACAGCACCAUCAACAUCUUGCGUGUUCCAGCCGGAAAGUUGGCCAAGGUCUGGAUCGGUACUCAGCCAGUGAUCUUGGAGUCUAGACGUGAGCCAUACGUCUACGUCGAUGCCCAGUUCAAUCUCGUUCAAAAGGAGAAGGGUAACAAGGCACACCUCUACUUUGCCGCCACUGAUACCUACGUCGAGCAUGGAUCAAUCAAGCGUAUCAUCCCUCACACUGGAGAGGUGGCCAUCACCUACAACAAUGGUAUCUUGACCAUCAUCCCACCACCAAAGGAUGGAAAGCCAGUGGUUAUCGACUCCCCAACUCACAACUUUGAUGGAUUCGUUGCCACCUCCCUCCAGACCUGCCUUUUCCCAAGCAAGGAGACCAAGCAACAGGCCUUGCUGGACAAUAAGAAUGCAUCUUCCGAUGAGGUCAACCUUAAGAUCUUCCAAACAAGAGACUCCCUCCGCGUUGGAGUUGUCUUGGUUGUUGCCUUUAAGAUCGUCGACCCCGAGAUGGCCAUCACCAAGUUAGGCAAAGAGGGAAUCAUCCCACACAUUGAAAAUGUGUCGUUCGCUGACAUGGGCAAGGCCAUCCAAUUGUCCACCCUCCAAGAGGUCAUGUAUUUCAACUCCACCAAGCCAGGUCAAAAGAUUGACGAGAGUGUCCAGACCAUUCAAGAUCGUGUCAAGUACCAUCUUGCUCAGGACCUAAGCGAGUAUGGUAUCGAGUUGGCUCGUCUCCAGAUCGAGACAAUUAAAGUUCUGGAUGCCGAAAUUGCAAAGAAGUUGGCCGGUCAGUCUGUCACAUCUGCCGAGUUCACCACCAAGCAGGCCACUCUUGUCAAGGAGUAUGACAUCAAGACCACAGAGGCUAGGUUAAAGGCUGAGACUGACAACAUUGCUCUGGCUCAAAAGAACCAGGCUGUCAUUGCCGAGGCUCAGGCCAAGCUACAGUCAGCACAACGUGAUGCCGAAGCUCUGUUGGUGGCUGCCGAUGCACAGAGGAAGGCGUCUGAAAUGCAAGGAGAGUUGUUUGCAAAGUUCCCAGCACUCCUAGAGAUCGAGAUGGCCAAGAUCAAGGCCAAGGCCUUGAAGGGUGCAACUAUCUACAUUGCCCCAACUGAUGUUGGCAACUUCUUGAACAGCCCAUUGGUGUAUUUUGAUCGCGUUGCUGGUAACAAGGAUAAGGGCGACAACUAA